AUGUCGUUAUCAGCGGAUGAGGUCUCGAGAUAUAGUCGACAAAUGCUUUUACCAGAAGUGGGAAGAAGUGGACAAUUGGCUCUUAAAAAGACAUCAGUUCUGGUGGUGGGCUGUGGAGGACUCGGAUGUCCCGCCAGUCUAUAUUUGGCCGCUUCUGGUAUCGGAAGACUUGGUUUAGUGGACAACGAUGUGGUCGAUAAGAGUAAUCUUCACCGACAGGUCCUCCACACCGAGACCCGUGUCGGACAACUGAAGACCGAGUCUGCGGUCGAGACAUUGAAAGCCAUCAAUUCAAACGUCACUCUCGAGCCCAUCGAGUGUCGACUCAAUCGGACCAAUGCUUCAGACAUUAUCUCCAAAUACGACAUCAUUAUCGACGGAACCGAUAACCCAAUGACCAGAUAUUUGUUGAGUGAUGUCUGCGUUCUUAAUAAUAAACCUCUCGUUUCGGGAUCUGCUCUCAGAUUUGACGGACAGUUAACUGUCUAUAACUAUGACUCGAAUACUCCGUGUUAUAGAUGUCUGUUCCCAACGGCACCGCCGGCCGGAACCGUCACCAACUGUAACGACGGGGGAGUAAUGGGUGUAAUCCCUGGCAUUAUUGGACAGAUGCAGGCGUUGGAGACAAUUAAGAUAGCCAUCGGUCGUAAGCCUACAUAUGCGGGACAGAUGUUGCUGUUUGACGGCCUGAACGGGUCCUUCAAAACAGUGAAACUUCGCGGCAAACGCGAGGACUGCAUCAGCUGUGGUGCCAACAGAACCCUUGGCUCAGAGCUCAUGGACUACGAGGAGUUCUGUGGCGUUCAAUGCAAUGCCAGUCAGUCGCUGAAAAUACUGGCGCCCGAAGAGCGGAUGAGUUGCAAAGAAUAUGAGACACAGUAUUUGAAUGCAAGAAGUGAUCAUUUAUUGAUUGACGUGAGGCCUAAACUUCAGGCCGAUAUCACUAAACUGGAAAACGCUAUAAACAUCCCUUUAGGGGAAUUAGAAAAAGGCAAUGGAUUUGAGAUCUUAGAGGAUCUCUUGGCUAAAGAAAUGGAUAGAAAUAAAAGCAAAGUAAACGUAAUCUUCAUGUGUAGAAGAGGUAAUGCCUCCCAAAAGGCGGUCAGACUUUUAAAAUCUAAAAUAACAAACGAUAAAAUUCUUAUAAAAGAUAUAAUCGGAGGACUGGAGGGGUGGGCCAAAGAGGUUGAUCCCACGUUUCCUAUGUAUUGA